CCGCGAGUUGAAACCCGGUUCUUGCCGCGGUCUAGGGGACCGGAAAUCUGAAGAUCUCUGCGGCCAUUACCGUGUCCCGCUCCUCCACUGCCCGCUGCUAGUGAUUGAGAGCCAGCCUUGCGGGAACCGGCCGGCCACAGGUGUGAUCUCCUGAGGACCACGGGGAAGCUCCUGGGUUUGCUUCUAGCUUUAACCCUUGGGAACGUUGCCUAACACAUUCAAACUACAAUAUAGACCCAAGAGAGCAAGGCCCAGAAAGAGGUCAAGAUGGGGUUUAUAUUUUCAAAAUCUAUGAACGAAAACAUGAAAAACCAACAGGAGUUCAUGCUUAUGAAUGCUCGACUUCAGCUGGAAAGACAGCUAAUGAUGCAGAACGAAAUGAGAGAAAGACAAAUGGCCAUGCAGGUUGCUUGGUCUCGGGAAUUCCUCAAAUAUUUUGGAACAUUUUUUGGCAUUGCAACCAUCUCUUUAACAGCUGGAGCAAUAAAAAAGAAGAAGCCAGCCUUCCUCUUCCCUAUCAUUCCAUUAGGCUUUGUCCUCACCUACCAGUAUGACUUGGGCUAUGGAACUCUUCUACAAAGAAUGAAAGGUGAAGCUGAGAACAUACUGGAAAUAGAAAAGAGUAAGUUACAGCUGCCAAAAGGAAUGAUUACUUUUGAAAGCCUUGAAAAAGCCAGAAGGGAACAAAGUAAAUUCUUCAUCGACAAAUGAUAUCAUGUUUACCCACUGAAAUUCAAAACACAAAAUUGUUGACUUGAAUAAUGGUUUUCACAAUUGUUUAAGUGUUCAAGAUUUUGAUAUAAUGGAUUUUAUUUUAAAAUAUUAAAAUAUAAGAUCAGGUUUGUUAAGCUAUUUUGAAAUAAAAUUUAUAGCAUUAAACAAAAAAGGAGGUAUUCUAAGUAACUUUUAGA